CACAACCACACCGCGACGAUGGCUGAUGACAACAAGAGCAACAGCAGCAGCAGCGCUCACGCAGCACGACAAGCGCCAGCGACCGCCUCGGCGUCUGGUGCAUCGUCAUCCACCGCGCCGCGACGUGGCGGGGCCGCUUCCCUGCCACCAGACUUGCAACUUCAUGGCCCAAACGGAGAGUUGGCUGCACAUUCGCCUGUGAUUACGGCCAUAUUCGACGCGCCGAGUGUCAUCGUCGUUGGCGGUGGAGCGCCCCGCUGCCCGUGUGUCUAUGUGGAGAACUUGCUCGCCGUGAUUGAGCGGGACAACGAGCAGCCACCGCUGGAGCUUGGCGAUGAAAUCACCAUGAUCGACGAUCAAGUCACCAUCGGCAAGACAAGCGACGAAGUACAGCAGAUGCUGUGCUCCAACAACGGGAAACCCGUGGCCGUGACGUACCGAAAGCUGCCGGAAACGCUGGCGGACACGGCGUCCAAGUCUCGCUUUCACCUCAAAAUGAUGUGGUCCAAACUGAAGCAGUCAAUGGCAAGCAAGCUGUCCCCGCAACUCCGCGCAAAGUUCAAGGUGGAGUUCGCCUCCAUGCACAGCGUGGAAACACAAGCGUACGAGGCCAAGGUGGAAUCCGUGGAGCAAGCAACGAGCUUCUAUGACGGUCUGAUCAAGCAUGCGAGCGCAUACGUGGCGAAGAUGCAGGCGUUUGCGGUGGCGGCGCACAACUUGGGCAGCGGGCUGCGGGAGACCACGCACAACGAGCACCACGACGCACUCAGACACAAGAAGGAGCUGCUCGCGUCAUGUCUACUGGCCGACGCAGAGUCGUGUCAGACAACGGUGGAUAUGGUGCAGUACGUGUGCGACCAUCUCAAGACGUUUCUGCACAGCGUGCUCACUGACGCAAAGAAAUCCCUCCUUGCCUUCAAGCAGUGCCAAGACGACUUCCUGGCUGUGAGCAUGCGCGCGUUUGAGAUGGCAAAGGAGCAGGAGGAAGCAGCGCACCGUGGCACGGCGGUGCCUGAGGUGCAGACGGGCAACUACCUCUACCGCCACAUUCUGCGGGAGCGGGGGCGACUCGACGCCCGCCACAGCCAUCUCCGCGACCAGAUGGAACACAAGAUGCGCCUCCUUGUCGUCGAGAACGCCCGCGACAUGGCAACGCAGCUGUCCCGCAUUGUGCUUGCUCUCUCCAAUCACUACUCCAAGAUGGCGCCCACCAUGGCAGAGGCAGCACAGACGAUGGGCACAAUUGGCGACAACUCUGCAGAGUUGUGCCGCGCUGCGGAUAUUGACACUGUUCUUGAGCCGCUGUCGCUGGAUGAGAGCGCCAAUGCUGCCACACCUGGCGUGCAUGAACCAGCAGGCCAGCAACAAGAGCAGCAGCAGCAAGAGCAGGAGGAGACGCGUGCUGGGGAAGCAGCAAGCAAGGAGGAUGUUGCCGGUGCUGACCACUUUGCUGUUGGCGAUUCUGAUGAUGGCGAUGAAGGAGCAAAUGGUGCACAGCAAGACGACUCUUCCAAGUAAAACACUGCAGCUUGUGAUGUGUGUUUUGUGUGUAUGCUGUCGUUGUCGCUCAUCCAGUGUCAUCAUGUGUUGGCUCUGCUGCCUGUUGGGUUUGUGCAGUCACGAGGCGUACAUGUGAAGACCGGCGUUGCGUUGUGAUGAAUGUGUGCGCAACUGUUAUGUUACAAUUACUUUCCUGCAUUGCACAAUGUGCUGUGGCACAUUCAUUCAAACACACGCUGUUCUCAA